UCAAUCCUCUCUCAGGCGUCUCCACUGCCACACCACUGUGACCACACGCUCGCGCGCCGGCGCCGCCCAUGGCGGCGACCUCGCCGACGGCCACGAGGCCGGUAGCCGCCGCACUUAUACGAGUCCCGCAUCCAGGGAUCAAUUGCUUCUCCUCGCCAUGCUGCCACAGCCGUCCCCGCCCCCGCCGCGCAACUCCAUGGUGGAGUCGUCCGCGAUGCAGCCGUAAAGGGAAGCCGGUCGUCACGGACGUCGUCGAGGAGGAGGCACCAAGGGGCCCGGGGAAUCAGAGGGAGGAUGACGAAGAGGCGGAGGCCGGCUCGCUGCGUGGGGUGCUGGGGUGGCUCAGGCUUGACGGGGUUGCGGCGGACAUCAUCAGCAUCGCCGCGCCCGCCGCGCUCGCGCUCGCCGCCGACCCAAUCACGGCGCUCGUCGACACCGCCUUCGUCGGCCAUAUUGGCUCGGCUGAACUUGCGGCUGUUGGUGCAUCUGUUGCCGUAUUCAAUUUGGUAUCCAAGCUGUUCAAUGUGCCAUUGCUUAAUGUCACGACAUCUUUUGUUGCUGAGCAGCAGGCAGUCGAUGCCAAUAGUUCUAAUACCACAGGACAAAGAGAUGAAUCUUUGACGCCACAAAAGAAGGGAAGCCAACAAAGGAAGGUUCUUCCGGCAGUUUCAACAUCCUUGGCUCUAGCUGCUGGCAUUGGAUUAUUGGAGAUGGCGGCACUGAUUUUUGGAUCUGGGACACUGAUGAACAUCAUUGGUAUACCUGUCGAUUCACCAAUGCGAGCGCCAGCAGAACAAUUUCUUACGUUGAGGGCAUAUGGUGCUCCACCAAUUAUAGUGGCACUUGCAGCUCAGGGUGCAUUUCGUGGAUUCCUGGAUACAAAGACACCAUUGUAUGCUGUGGGUGCUGGCAACCUAUUAAAUGCAAUACUGGAUGCUGUACUUAUUUUCCCACUUGGUCUAGGAGUAAGCGGCGCUGCCUUGGCCACAGUGUCCUCUGAGUACUUGACUGCGUUCAUCCUCCUUUGGAAGCUGAAUAAUGAAGUAGACCUGUUUUCAUGGAAUAUCGUUGGAGAUGGAGUAAUUCGUUACCUGAAAUCUGGUGGACUGCUAAUUGGCAGAACAAUUGCAGUAUUCCUGACACUGACAUUAUCUACGUCCCUAGCUACAAGGGAAGGGCCUGUUCCAAUGGCUGGCUAUGAGAUAUCCUUGCAAGUGUGGCUAACAAUUUCUCUGCUGAAUGAUGCUCUAGCCCUUGCUGGUCAGGCUCUACUUGCAAGCGAAUAUGCGAAAGGGAACUACAAGCAAGCCCGCAUGGUUGUAUACAGAAUCCUGCAGGUUGGAGGUGUGACUGGUGUUGUGCUUGCUGCUACCUUAUUAGUGGGGUUUGGAUCUUUGUCCUUGCUGUUUACAGAUGAUCCUGCAGUUUUGGAUGUUGCCCAAUCUGGAGUUUGGUUUGUCACUAUUUCUCAGCCAGUAAAUGCUAUUGCAUUUGUGGCCGAUGGACUCUACUAUGGUGUUUCUGACUUUGCCUAUGCUGCAUACUCCACGAUUUUUGCGGGGGCCUUCUCAUCAGUAUUCCUACUUAUCGCUGCUCCUAAUUUUGGUCUUGGUGGCAUCUGGGCUGGUCUUACUCUAUUUAUGAGUUUGCGAGCAAUUGCUUGUUUCUGGAGGUUAGGGAGCAAAGGUGGACCUUGGGAAAUAAUCUGGUCAGAGAUCUCAGUCCGGAGGCAGCAGGAUAGAGAGGCAGAGGCGGAGAAGGCGGCUGGCCGGACGGGAGGAGCAGAGAGCAGAGCACCCAGAGCCAGGAGGAAGAAGAGGAAGGCGAAGCGAAGGUCCGAGCCUCCGAGGAUGCCGUGCCUGAACGUGUCGACGAACGUCAACCUGGAGGGGGUGGACACCUCUGCCAUCCUCGGCGAAGCCUCCACGGCCGUCGCCAACAUCAUCGGCAAGCCAGAGGCCUACGUGAUGGUUGUUCUCAAGGGUUCAGUGCCUAUGGCAUUUGGAGGUACCCAGGAGCCUGCAGCUUAUGGUGAGCUGGUUUCCAUUGGAGGGCUGAACCCUGAUGUCAACAAGAAGCUGAGUGCUGGCAUUGCUUCUAUUCUGGAGUCAAAGCUGUCCAUUCCCAAGUCCCGCUUCUACCUCAAGUUCCACGAUUCAAAGGGGAUGAUGGCUGCUAACCAACCAGUAAUACUGUUCUCUCAUAUUGAACUAGUAUCAGCUACCAGUCAGUCAACAGUAUUGCUGGCUGAUUCGCUGACGAAUAUUGCACGAUCCUUGGCAACGCGUUGGUUGACUUGUCCAUUUCUUUCUUGGGUGUGUCGGUGCCGUUGCUCCUUUUGUAUUGGUUGGCGUCCAUCUCUCCGCUCGCGUUCCUCGUCUCUCCUUCGUGCCUCGCCCCAUCAGAUCCGCCAACCCCGGGCCGCUCAGAUACACAGAUCGGCACCCACCAUGGCCGCGGCUUCCCCUCCGCUCCUCCCCACCUCUGUCGUCCCGGCCGCCGCGCCAUCCCCCUCCCCCAUCCCCACCGCCGACGUCGCCGCCGCCGACGCCAACCCCGCCGCGGCGCGCGCCUUCGUCUCCCGCCUCCUCGACUCCGCCAGGCGCGCGCUCUCCGGCGCCCGCCCCUGGUCCGAGCUCGCCGACCGCACCGCGCUCUCCCGCCCGGACACCCUCUCCGAGGCCACCUCCCGCCUCCGCAAGAACCUCGCCUACUUCCGCGUCAACUACGCCGCCGUCGUCGGGCUCUCCCUCGCCGCCGCGCUCCUCGCGCACCCCUUCUCCCUUGCGGCGCUCCUCGCCCUGCUCGCCGCCUGGUGCCUCCUCUACAUGCUCCGCCCCGCCGACGCGCCGCCGCUCGCCGCCUUCGGGCGCACCUUCUCCGACAGGGAGGUGCUCGGGGGCCUCAUCGCGUCCUCCGCCUUCGUCGUCUUCCUCACCUCCGUCGGCUCGCUCAUCUUCUCCGCGCUGGCCCUCGGCGCCGCCGCCGUCUGCGCGCACGGCGCGUUCCGCGUCCCGGAGGACCUCUUCCUCGACGAGCCCGACCAGGCUGCCGGCAGCGGCAACCCGCUGCUCUCCUUCAUCGCCACCGCCACCGGAGGACGCGUCUGACUGAUGGAGGCAGGCCGCUUCAAUUCUUUUGGCAGCUGAGGUUGAGGAUACCGAUCGAUCGAUACUGCGCGAAAUUACUUUAUCUGCAUAAUUACAGAACAAUACAUACAGACAGACAGCGAACGAACGAGGAACCGGAAACCUCAUUUGUUUCCGUGAAUAAAAAAGUUGGUUUCAUGUAUCAAUCAAUUGGCAUGAUUAAUUAUUUCCUCCUAGCCCA